AUGCCGAUCGUUGAAUCCUGUCAUAUCAACGCGUCCCCGGAUGAAUACAUUGUUCAGCUGUCUGUGAAUUCACCACGAAAAACUAUCUCAGCAAAGUUGAUGGUGCUCAAUCAUGGGAUUCGAAUAAGUGAAGAACACAUGACUGGAAACGGAAAUUGUCUGACAUCGUCUUCUGUAUUCCGUUUUCCCACACGUAUCAUUCAACGAGAACAGCUGAUUGAUUGUCGCUUGAUUUAUCCUCGUCUUUUUCGUUUCUCUGACCGAUUACGUGGCCGAUUGCGUUUGCGCUAUUUAGAGUUUACAGACGAUGCUAUGAAAAAGAAUCCGCAACUUCGAUACGGAUUAGUCUUGAAAGAAUAUACUAUGUAUCUCGUUAUGAACGAUAACUACAAGCUGCAGAAAUUAGCGCAACAAAUACAAGCGUUGAUUUCAUCGGAGCCUGCCGGACUGAAACCCUAUCUGGUGUUUGUCAAUCCGUGCAGCGGUGCAGGUAAGGCACUUGAGCUGUUCAAAAGAACCGUGGCUCCCAUGUUCCGACGAUUGCAAGUGCCGUACAAAAUUUUCAAAACUGAGUAUCCAGGCCAUGCGGAGCACUGGAUUCGGCAUUGCUCUACUUCAAUAUUGGAGACAUAUCGUGCUCUCUUGACCAUUUCUGGGGACGGCCUGAUCUACGAAGUGAUCAAUGGAUUGGCAUAUCGAGAUUUUUCUGAUGCAGUACAUCUUGGGAAUGGCGAUCUCAAUGAUCAAACAAAGUUCCAGCUAGGCAAUCAAGCUGAGCAGAAACCGGACGUGCACAAUCUUGGGGUCACCAAGUCGCAUAAAUCGAUCGCUUUAGGAUUUCUUCCGGCCGGUGGGGGAAAUGCCACCGCAAGUGCUGUGUGCUAUGCCUCCGGCCAUAGCCCACCGUGUGCAACAAUACAAUCCGUCCCGACAGGUUCUGUGACUAGUUCGAGUCAACAAGUUCGCCCGCUUGAUGCGAUCCUGUUCGAGACUGCGGAACCUUUUACACAACGCAUCGGGAUCUUGUCCAUAGAAUGGGGUGGCUUGGCCGAUUUGGACACACGAAGUGAGAGUUUUCGUUGGCUCGGACAGGCUCGUUUUGGUGUGGCUACACUGAUUUCCAUGGCAAGUAUCUUCAUAAUGCGACAGGCGGACAGUUCCGUGAAUUCAUCGUCUCCACCCAGCAUGUUACGAUCCACAGCCAAUGACAUGGUUGAUAAAAGUGUGCAAUAA